AUACUGUCAGCUACUCAUUUUUCACAUUUUCGCUCAGUUUGCUUUACGUAAUAGACCCCCCAUACGUGUCAUUUUACCACCCAGUUCAACUCAUCUCAAAGCACUUCCGUCGCGUCCCCCACCACCCACACAUUCCGUCCUUUUAAUAUUAUCUCGAUAUUUGGAUCCCUCAGUUGGACCGAGAUUGGGGGGAAUUGUGUGGUUGUCUGCAUUCUUUAUUAUUCUUCAUCAAGGGCAACAUAGAACACUGUCGCGCGACUCUUUCCGUAAGAAAUGUCCCAACUCACCUGUGAAAGAUCAGUGCAACAAUAAUAUACAGUUGGUAGACUUGGUGGAAUUAGAUAGAUUGUUCGUGGUAACAUCUGAAAACUUAUUUCGUUACGAUCCAUUUUUGAAUCGUCCUUUUUAAUUUUAUGAAUCUGAUUAUGUGACCUGAUGGUUUGUGAAGGAACUCCAAGAACAAGACAUAAACUCUAAUUAUUAUAUUAACGUAUUGAUAACAGUAAAAUGAGUUUGGCAGUACAUAAUUCAAGAGUAGCCAUUUGCUACGAUGAUAACAUUUUAGUUUAUGAUAUUGGAAAUGAUGUAAAUACUAUGUUUACUCUUCCUAAAGUAGAAUCUGCUAAGGAGAGUAAAACCCACAAUAACGAAGAUUUUGAGACAUACUACCCAGCUACGAAUAUAUCUUUCUCCAAUGAUGGAGAAUAUUUUUUUGUUUGCACCAAUCGGAAACAAUUGUACUUGUAUAAUGGAAAAAAUUUACAAUUAUUAUCUUACAGACACUUAAAAAGAGCAAUGAGUAAAGGUAAAUUUUCACCGUCUAAUGAUGUAAUUAUUGCCGAUAAAGCAGGAGAUGCUUAUAUAUUUUCUACAGAAAAGUCAAUGGAAGAUGGAACAUUAUUAUUAGGUCAUUUGUCAAUGUUGCUUGAUAUCUUAAUUACAGAAGAUAAGAAGUUUAUAAUUACGGCAGACAGAGACGAAAAGAUCAGGGUGUCCAUGUAUCCAAAUUGUUAUAAUAUCUUUUCUUAUUGUCUAGGACAUACCAAAUUUAUUACCAACAUAUCGGAACUACCACAUAAUAAAAAUAUUCUAGUGUCUUCUGGUGGUGAUGGCUGUAUAAUAUUUUGGAACUAUAGAUUGGGUAAAGAGAUUCUUUGUGUCCCUUUUUCAGAUAAACUAGAAAAAGAGGAAAUACAAGAAUUUAACAAACAACUUCUUGAUUUCGAAUUAAAUGCAUCUGAAUUGGUACAGCCUGUGAAACACCUGAAAGUUACGAACAUUGAUAAAACCACAUCACUACUUGCAUUAAGUUUUUACUACACUAAAAGAAUUGUCAUUUAUGAGAUUUUGGGAUGUACUGAGAAUGAUUUAAUGGUCAAUUAUAUGUAUUUUGUACCUGUAGAUGACGAACCUUUAGAGUGUUAUCUACAGCAACAUAAUUUAUGGGUUUUGAUUGAAAGUGGGCUUACAGUUUAUCGAUUAAAUAAAGAUGCUUGGGAAGUUGAUGAACUCAAUCACAAACUUCAGCGAAUAAAUGAUGCUUGGAAAAUGUUGAGGAAAAAUGUCGGGAAACAAAAUCUAUUCCCAAUGUUAUAUAAGCGGAAAUAUGAUAAUGUACAAGAUUACCAAAAUAAAAAGAAAGCGCGCUUAACUAAAGUAGAGUAAUACUUUUGUAAACUACAAGUUAUGCAAUGUAAUUUCUCAUUCAUCCCUCAUCUUAUAAAUACAUCACACAAAAUAUGGACAUGAAAAGAUGGUUUAGUUUACAAUGUAUACUCUUAUUCAUCAACAUAAAUGUAAUACACGGCAUAGGUAGUUUUACAGUUAGAUGAAACCGUUAAUAAUAUAUUGGAUGGAUGUAAAAAAUAAUUGUAUAAAUAUAUCAAACUGGUUUGUAAUCCAA